GAUUCAUGUGGAGUGUUUGGAGGCGGGCGGAGAGAGUCCGUCAGACGGCUCGAUGUGGAGCUGUGUGGGGCAGCGGGAGGAGCCGACCCCGACAGAAAGGACCGAUUCAAAGAAAGAUACGAGCUGCUUCAGUGUACGGAACCGGGAUUUGAAUUCCGUUACUAGAAACAGUCGAAAGGGGGUUCUGUACGUUCGGUUUUAACGCGAACGGAGAGGGUGACGGACGGACAAAGCUACACACCCCAAAAACAGCGGAAAGGAAACGGAAAAGAGGAGAAGGAACCAGGUUUAGCCCAUUAUUGGAGAAAGUGACUGCACUGGCAGCCUCAUCCAUGUUAAUGUAAUGGAAAUGCGCUUCUGGUCGGCCGCAUCUGAAAUGCAUCAGUGGAAAAACAUCAGGAACCCCGAUGGCUAGUUGUAUCAAGCGACGGUGGCUUGAAUUUGCCGGUAGGUGCCAGCCGGGUACCCCUCCUUACCCAGCGCCAUGCUAAAGCGACACGUGCACAAUAACAAGGAGCACACGCCAGUGGGAAAACUGUGGAAAAAGUUGGUGGAAAAUCUAUGGUUUGAGCCCUGAUGUCAAUCUUCCUCAUUUUUCCCCCCGUCUUAAUUUUGACCCAGAUAUUCUGUAACGCACCAUAGAUUAGCUGCUUUUCCUGUCAUCUGAAGAAAAGCUUCUUUAUUUUUCCUGCUUUCACUCAAGUGACAUUUGCGUGCAGCAUAUUUUUUUUGAAUCAGCACCAAAGACAGAACUGCUCCCAGUUUUUUUCCUGCAGCUGAGAGCAUGGAUGUUCAGAUUCACAGCUGACCUUCCCCUGGAGCUGAAAACAUGUGGGACAAAAUGAGGGCAUCCAGAUGAAGAGGAGGAGCAACAGCAUCAGUUCAAAAUGGCCCAAACCAGUUUGCUGCAGGGGAAGCGAUUUUACUGCCGGGAGUGGGUCUUCCACAAGAUCCAGCAUUGUCUUCAAGAAAAAACAAACAACCUGAGUGGAGUGAACAUCCCCCCUAAUAAGCUGCCCCAGCCAGUGCCUGGUGGGGUUGCAUUCAUUCCCAGCACGCUCACGGCAGGAUCUGUGAAGUCUGGGAGCUCCUGGGGUGUGCUGCUGGUGGGAGGACCAGGGAGUGGGAAAACCGCUCUGUGCACGGAGCUGUUGUGGCCCACGUCAGCCCAGGGAUCCCACCGCAGCUUACAUCAGCAAAGCCUGGCUUUCCACUUCUGCCGGGCGGACGACUCGGACACUCUGUGUGUUGGAGGUUUCAUUCGAGGUCUGGUGGCUCAAAUUUGUCGUAGUGGGCUGGUGCCAGGAUAUGAAGAGAAGGUUCAGGAUCCAUCUGUGCAGAACACUUUGCAGCCUGGGGAGUGUGAGAGGAACCCAACAGAGGCUUUCAAGAAUUGUGUCCUCCUGCCUCUCCUGAGUGUGAAGCCACCUCAGCAUUCACUGUUCCUGCUUGUGGACUCUAUUGAUGAAGGCUGUCAGCUUGGUGAGGGGGAGCAGAGGUCCUCCCCUGGUUCUCCCAGGACCAUUGCUGAGCUCCUGGCCAGUCACCAUGACUUCCUGCCUCCCUGGCUGCUGCUCAUCUGCUCUGCACGACGACAAAACAAGGCCAUUACCAAACUCUUCACAGGAUUCCGUAAAAUCAGCCUUGAUGAUCUGCGCAAGGCCUACAUUGUCAAAGAUGUUCAACAGUACAUCCUUCACCGGCUGGAUCAGGAGGAGGCCUUGAGGCAGCAUCUCACCAAGGAGACCGCUGAGAUGCUAAAUCAGCUUCACAUUAAAAGCAGUGGAUGUUUCCUCUACUUGGAGCGAGUUCUGGAUGGUGUGGUGGAGAACUUCAUCAUGCUUCGUGAGAUCCGUGACAUCCCAGGCACUCUUAAUGGCCUCUAUCUUUGGCUCUGUCAGAGACUGUUUGUCCGAAAACAGUUUGCCAAAGUUCAACCCAUUCUUAAUGUAAUCCUGGCAACGUGCAGACCACUCACAAUCAAGGAAUUGUACCAUGCAGUCUGGACCAAAAACAUGACUCUGACUAUGGAGGAGUUUCAGAAAAAGAUGGACAUUCUGUCCAAGUUGUUGGUGGAUGGACUUGGGAGUACUAAAAUCCUUUUUCACUACAGUUUUGCAGAGUGGUUGCUGGAUGUUAAACAUUGCACUCAGAAGUACUUAUGCAAUGCAGCAGAGGGACACCGAAUGUUGGCAAUGAGUUACACCUGCAGAGCAAAGCAGCUGAAACCUCUAGAAGUGCAGGAAUUUGCACUGCAUCUAGUUAAUUCCAGUCUGCAUAUUGAGCCAUCUAAUCUUGCUCUGUGGAUGGUUUGGAAUGGAACUCCCACCAAAGACUCUCUGAGCACUUCCAUACCAAAAGAACAGGAGGUUCUGCAGCUCCUGGUCAAAGCUGGUGCUCAUGUUAACAAUGAGGAUGAUCAUGCUUCGUGUAUUGUACAACAGGCCCUGGAAAGAGAAGACUCGAUACGAACGUUGCUUGACAAUGGCGCCUCAGUGAAUCAGUUUGACUCUAGUGGGAGAACUCUGCUGGCCAAUGCUGCAUACAGUGGAAACCUUGAUGUAGUUAAUCUGCUUAUAUCCAGAGGUGCAAACAUGGAGCUGGAAGACAACCAUGGACAAACAGCACUUACUCUUGCUGCAAGGCAGGGCCACACUAAGGUUGUCAACUGCGUUAUCGGAUGUGAGGCCAACAUAAACCAUACAGAUCACGAUGGGUGGACCGCUCUUCGCUCAGCAGCUUGGGGUGGACAUUCAGAGGUUGUGUCUGCUUUGCUUUAUGCUGGGGCUAAAGUGGACUGUGCUGAUGCUGAUGGUAGAACAGCUUUGAGAGCUGCUGCUUGGGGAGGCCAUGAAGACAUAGUGUUAAACCUUUUGCAGCAUGGGGCUGAAGUCAACAAAGCAGACAAUGAAGGAAGAACUGCUCUUAUCGCUGCAGCAUACAUGGGGCACAGAGAAAUUGUUGAGCACCUUCUGGACCAUGGAGCUGAGGUCAAUCAUGAAGAUGUUGAUGGGAGGACUGCUCUUUCAGUGGCUGCUCUCUGUAUUCCUGCGAGUAAAGGUCAUGCAUCAGUUGUGAGCCUUCUCAUUGACAGGGGAGCAGAGGUGGACCACUGUGACAAAGACUGCAUGACGCCUCUCCUUGUGGCUGGCUAUGAAGGACACGUAGAUGUGGUUGAUCUGCUUUUAGAAGGUGGAGCUGAUGUUGACCACACGGACAACAAUGGGCGUACCCCUCUUCUAGCAGCUGCAUCAAUGGGCCAUGCAUCUGUUGUAAACACAUUGCUUUUCUGGGGAGCUGCAGUUGAUAGCAUCGACAGUGAGGGAAGGACUGUAUUGAGCAUUGCAUCUGCUCAAGGAAAUGUAGAGGUGGUCAGAACUCUGUUGGACAGAGGUCUGGAUGAGAAUCACAGAGAUGAUGCAGGCUGGACUCCACUACACAUGGCAUCAUUUGAGGGCCAUCGCCAAGUUUGUGAUGCACUCAUUGAACAAGGUGCUCGUUGCUCAGAGGUUGAUAACGAUGGCAGAAUACCUCUGAUAUUAGCCGCACAAGAGGGGCAUUAUGAUUGUGUGCAAAUUCUUCUGGAAAACAAGUCUUGCAUUGACCAGAAGGGAUAUGAUGGUCGCAAUGCUCUCAGGGUUGCUGCACUAGAGGGUCACAGGGACAUUGUUGAAUUGCUUCUGAGCCACGGCGGUGAUAUAGAUUACAAAGAUGCAGAUGGACGCCCAACACUUUACAUACUGGCACUUGAAAACCAACUGGCCAUGACAGAGUAUUUCCUUGAAAAUGGUGCAAAUGUGGAAGCUUGUGACAUUGAGGGCAGAACAGCCCUCCAUGUGUCCUGCUGGCAAGGGCAUGUUGAAAUGGUGAGACUGCUUAUCAACCAUCAUGCUGAUGUGAAUGCCUGUGACAAUGAGAAGAGAUCUGCUCUCCAGUCAGCAGCAUGGCAAGGCCAUACUAAAGCCGUACAGUUUUUGAUUGAGAAUGGGUCACACGUAGAUCAUACAUGCAACCAGGGAGCAACAGCACUGGGCAUAGCAGCUCAGGAGGGUCACAUUGAUGUUGUGCAAAUACUUCUGGAAAAUGGGGCUGACCCCAACCACGCUGAUCAGUUUGGACGUACAGCAAUGAGGGUGGCGGCUAAAGGAGGCCAUUCAAUGAUUCUCAAACUCCUGGAAAAAUAUGGAGCAACAACUCUAAAUGGCUGCAACCCUUCUCCAGUGCAUACCAUGGAUGACAAAACACCUUUGGCAGUCACAGGCAAAAUGCAGUCCCUCACCAUCAAAUCAAGUAGUUCUGGCAGCACUGGAGCUGGAGAUGUGCAAUCAUCUGGGUGUCUUCCCAAUGGGCCCGUCCAUGCUUUCAGUUCACCAUCUGAGUCCCCCGAUUCCACUGUGGAUAGACAGAAAUCCUCUCAGUCAAAUAAUUCCCUCAAGAGUUCGAAGAACUCCUCCUUAAGAACCACGUCGUCUACUGCUACAGCGCAGACUGUGCCAAUUGAUAGUUUUCACGGGAUGACAUUUACAGAACAAAUUCAACAGCACUCACUGCCUCGCAGCAGAAGCAGACAGUCUAUUGUGUCCCCUUCGUCAACAACAAAAUCUGUUAGUCAGCAGCCAUCAUCUCCAUCCAGUGACUUUGACUGGUCUCAGCUGAAAUCUGGCCUGAAAUCAGCAAAAGGAACUAAAGCAGGAAAUGGAACAUCAAAUAGCAAAGGUACUCCAGGGGACAAGAAGAAAGUGAACAACAGUGUAUCACCUCAAGGUCAAGUUCUGGAGUAUGAGAUGACUCAGUUUGACAAGAGAAUGUCCUUCGACAAGUCGGUGGCUAACAUUGCUGUGAAAGAUCCUCACUGUAAGAUCAUGAUCGGUGGUUCAGUUCAUCAGGAACGAGGGCAGUGCCAGGACCAACUUUUUAUCCAACAGCAGAGCUGCUCAGAGAAGAAAAGAAAUGGUAUCAUGACCAACCCCAACUAUCAUCUACAGGGUAACCAGGUUUUCUUGGGUAGGGUAUCAGUUCCUCGAACUGUGCAAAACAGGGGCCACCAGGACGUUCUAGAGAACUACCCCAUUGGGGAAACAGAGCUAAGCCUUAAACAAGCCCUGAAACUGCAAAUUGAAGGAUCAGACACAGGUUUUAACUACAAAAAAGAGACCCCAUUAUAGCUGAUGUCCUCAAUGCCACCCGUCAUGCAGACGUUGGAGAGAAUGUGCCAAAGCAACUGUUGUCAUCUGCAUAACAGUUCAAGAUUUAUUUUAUUUUCUGUGGGAGACCAUAAAACAAUAGCUAGAGAAGAUUGUUGAUUGCUGCCUGAAGCAUAUGUGAACUGAUACUUUGUGCCUACAUCUGUUACAGCCUUUUUCACAUUUUCAUGCAAAGUAUCAUUUUUAAUUUAAUGCGAUGCUAUUUAAUAAACAGUGUAUGCACUUUUAAGAGAAGAAACCGACAGACAUGCAUCUUUCAUCAUCUGUUUUAAUUGUACCAAUGUGUCUAUUAUUAUUUGACUUUUUUUCACACUGACAGCAAUGUACCGGUGGAUGCAUUGUCACAAACCAGACAAACAGUAACUGAUGUCAAAGUGAAAUUUUAAACUAGUAGUUUGCCUUUCUAGAGACCCCAAAUCUGUGUUUAACUUCAAUCAGUGUGCUAAACCUGCAUUGUGUUUAUAUGUUAGUAGCUUUGGCAGUUUAUUUCACAAAUAUAAAAAGCAUAUUCAUUUUUUGGGGGAAAAAAGCCACUUUUGUUGCCUUUUUGUGUUGCAUUACAUUCUGUCAUGGUGCUGUGUUCAGAUGCCUGCAGGUGUUUCAUUUCUGUUGCUUUCUGCAUUUGUUUGUUACAAAUAUUACGAAAGAGGGAAGUUAAUUGAUCAUGUAAAACAAUGGUUCAUUUUGUCCCUAUGGGACUUUUACAUUUUUGUGUUGUGUGUGAUGUUUUUGUGUGUAGACGUUCAGAAAUAUUUAAGUAACCAUUGUGUACCAUCUCAGACGUUUGGUGCUAAAUGCAGCUUUUUACAUUUUCUUUGCAGAAUUGUGUGUGUAAUGUACUGCAGAGCAGCAAACAAACCCCAUUUCUGUUUGUUAAUAGUCACAUGAUUCAUUCUAUGUUCCUUCUGCUGGAUUUUUCAGGGGCAUGACAUUAAAAGGGUUUAGCCAUGAAGACAACUCCUAGUUGUUAGUGAUAUUUUUUUAAUGCAGAGUGAAGCCAAAGUUGAAACAGCAUCCUGUUUGCUGCCCCCUCCCUCCAAGCAACAGAGUAUCAGCUAAACAGGACUUUACAUCCUGAGGGACGUUGCGGGGAGGAGUUCUGCUGUGACACUGGGGGAACUCGAACAUCUGUUUCUCAUGAACUGAGUGGAGCUGCGUUAGCAUUUACAGACUGUCAUUUUUUUCAGGCUUAUCAUGUUAACAGUGAUGUAUUCUUGCCAAGAACUAGGAUUCGGGGGAACCUAUCGCAUGCACAAACAUUAAUAAAGCCUAGUGGAAACUCUCAGCUCUUCAGUACCACAGUAGAUCAGAUGUUUGCCAAGAAGGUUUGACAGAAAGAUGUAGGGCAGGACUGAAAGAAGUGGGGAACAUUCUGUGUAGUCCUGUUAUCUCGUUCGUCUCAAUGCCAUCUUGUCUGAAUUUUGAUUUGACCGUCAGUGAUUGGAUUGUAAAUGGCUUACUGUGUACAUUCAACUUUCAUUUUAAAGUAAUUUCUGUAUUAUAUGAAGCGGACUUUUCUGAUGUAUAAUAAAAGUGCUUAAUAAACAUAUUUGCUCUACGGCCGAAAAAA